AUGAACAGCCAGAGAGAGCGCAAGCGGAAACGUCAGCAAACCAGUGACGGUGAACUCGAGACUGAAAUUGAUGACGAAAGACAACAGCGACACCGCUUGUCUUGGAAUGAAGCACAGUCCAUGGGCUUACCAGCCUCGAUAAGUGCUAAUAGACCUUCGGUUGAACGCUCCGAGGAUGAAUUAGGUGCACCGAACGUCUCGGCUACCGAGGAUAGGUCGAGAUUAACCGACUCGCCUCGUGCAUCCAACCCAUAUUCGUCAGCUUCAAGUUUGAGCUUUAUGGCCAGGUCAAGGUAUUUCGACGAUACAGUGGUUAUCAACGAAGAUCAAGCCAGGUCAUAUCCCAUAGGAGAUGCCGAUGGCCCCUCCGAUGAUGAUAUUCAAUUGCUCCGGCUACAAGGCGCAUUUGAGCUCCCGCCGCGCGCAAUUCGCGAUGGCCUCAUCAAUACCUUCAUGGAACGCUGUUCACCCUGGAUGCCUAUCGUUGAACGCAGCUGGCUAGAAGAAAAUGGCUCCCAGAAGCCCUCAAUUCUUCUCCUGCAAUCGAUAUUCGUCGCAGCAAGCCGGGUUACUUCUGCACCAGCCGUCACUGCAUAUGCAUCAACUCAUCAAUUCUAUCGCCGAGCAAAAGCCUUGUUUUGGUCAGGCUAUGAGAAGAAUCCAGUGACUGUCGUCGCAGCUGUGUGUAUCUUGCAUUGGUAUAAUCCGGAAGGCCCUGAGCACGUCUCCACAAACACCAGCGGCUUCUGGCGAUAUGUUGGUGUUGGACUAGCUCAUCAAAUCGGUCUACAUAAGGAGCCCACAAACAAGAGAGAAGCUGGCCUUAGGCGGAGGCUGUGGUGGACUUUAUUUGCCAGGGACUGCUUGAUUUCUGCAGGACAAGGGCGUCCACUUGCAGUCAACAUAGAAGAUUGCGAGUUAGCUCCUCCGUGUCUGGAAGACUUUGAUGAUGCCAGCUCAAACGGAAGUCUCUUCAUCGCCUACGUUGAAAUUGGCUCUAUUCUUGGUCAUCUCACACAGUGUUACCGGCGGAAGAGCUUCACACGACACAUGCGACAGAGCAUUGAGAACCGCCUUUACAGGUGGACGCGAGAUCUUCCCGCUUCACUACGACUUUUCAAUCGUUCCACGUCUUCAUCAGAAUGGGAACUUACGUUGAACAAUCUAGCUCCGUAUACUUUUGAAGCGCGCCAGCUUCACAUCCCAUACUUCAUCUGCCUCGCCAUCAUGUGCCGUCCUAGUCCGGGAAACUCACCAUCUCCGGCAGUGGUACUUGCCUCGUCCUUUGUAGCAGGCAUGUUUGAAGACUUCCUGGCCCGAGAUGAGAUCCAGUUCUUGGGACCAAUAUUCACGUUCCACUUGCUAGCUGCUGGCAUCGGGCUGCUCUCAUGUCGGAAUAUACCAGCGUUAUGGGACAAGGGGGCUACGAGUCUUGAGACGAUUUACCUGUCUCUAGAGGUUCUUGCCAAACGUUGGUCAUCCGCCAAAGGGAGUCUCAGGGCUUUGAGAAGCAUCGCCGAAAGGAAGCAACGGACGACAAAGUCAGACACGACAAAUCUGCCGACGCUUCCACGAGAGCACCGGCCAUUCUUUGAACACUUCGGACCGGAUCUAUCCUGGGCAUGGAAGUUCUUUAUGCUUUCUAAAAAUCCCGCUACAUUACAAACCCCACUGGAGACUGAGCCGAUUAUCGAGACCGCAGAUGUUUCCCUUGAGGAAUUCCCCGAAUCCCGCCCUGUGGAUGCCGUGCCAUCUACGGAGGACUAUCGGCCACUGACCACGAUUUUGGACCCUCAUAUGGGAUUCGUGAUGGGGGAUAUGACACAGGGUAUGCCGGACGAGUUCUUCCAUAAUCAAUACCAGGGCAUGGGUGAUUGGCUGUUCAAGGAUAUGGAAUGGACGGGCGAUUUUCAAUGGUAG